CGGAGCCUGAAAUAAGAUCCAGGCUCCAGCAAAAUGGACUAAUUCCAAGUGUUUGAAAAGCUUCAAACAGCUGUGGGGAGGAAGAAAACUCUCACAGCCUGUGGCAAGGCAGAGCAAGACAGACACGAAAACAAGGUCACCUCUAAAACUGAACAGGCAUUGAGACUUUGACAACACCCGGAGGGCACGGGUGGUGCUGGCUGGGCACACCCAGCAGGCUCCCGCUGCUAAACGAUGUUUGAGGAAAAUCCUCCUUCAAGAAAUUUGACAAGACUUGCCCACCCAGAAGACGCCCAAGAAACCAACACCGCUGUAAGUCAUGUUUCCCGGGAUCUGGGAAACACAAGACACGUCCCAGCAGACAACAGAAACAGCCUUGCUCCCUCCGGUGACUUGCCACCAAGCCCAGCCUCCCUGCAGCACCACCUGGCAAAUCUGAAGAUGUUGAUGUCCAGACAGAAGGCUGAGUAUGAAUCUAAAAUUGCAAGCCUGGAGCAGCGGCACAGAGAGCUGCAGUCGGAAAUUAAGGGUAUGCAGUCAAAACUGGGACAGCAGCGUCAGUGUUACAGUCUUGUGGAGAUGAAAAUGCAAAAUGCAGAGAGAGCAAAGGAAGAUGCAGAGAGAAGAAAUGAAAUGCUCCAAAAAGAAAUGGAAGAGUUUUUUGAAACCUUCAGGGAAAUUAACAGAUGGAAAUAAACAGGAGUGUGCUCAGCUUGAAACAGAGUUAAACUGUAAGAGAGAGAAAGGCUAGAUCCUGAGUCCAGCACAUGCUCCCAUUUCAGUGGUGCAAUAGGAAAC